AUGCAAGAAAAUACCAUUUUCCUAAGAAAUGAAACAGUAUAUAAGUGUAAAUGGGGGCUUUGUCAAGAGGUAUUUUCUACGAAUCGUCAACUAUGGGCACAUGUAGAAACUCAUAUUGUUGAUGUGCAAACUCGUGUCGUUGUCAUUCGACAACCUGAAGGAACUUAUCAGGUUUUGUCACUGUCUAGUGCUUCGAAAUCAAAAGAGAAUAUUAUAUCAGAUAAUAUAAAUAAUGAGUUUUCAUCAACAACAAUGACAGCAAAUAUUAUUGACGCGAAUUCAGAUAACUCGAAAUCAAAACCAACAUCAACCAGCCAGUCAACAAGUCGCGGUAGAAAGCUAAAAUAUGCAACAGAACCAACACCACAAGUAUCAAUGGCAUCAUCUUUUCAAACAUCAACACCAUCACCAUUAUCAGAUCCGGAAGUAAUCCUUCCAGUACCAGUUCCUUCGCAAUGCUCUAUGCAGUCAUCCAAAGUUUCGCAAACGCAACAAUCACAAGAGCCAGUGCAAAAUUUGCCGAUCUCUCAGUCACAACGGUCGAUACAGCAAACUCAAACGUCUGAUGUUCGUCACCCACAACAAUCGAUUUUGCAAUCGCAAAUGCCUGCGAUGUCUCAUCAACAACAGCAACCAAUACCACCAAUUCGGAUGUCUGAAUCAAUACAAUUGCAAUCGCAAAUGCUUGGGAUUUUACAGCCACAAACGUCUGGAAAUUCAUAUUUUCAACAGUCAGUAUCUCAAAUACAAUUAUCCAGACUUUUACAAUUGCAGUCACGGAAAUCUAUGGAAUCUCAAGUUUUUGUGAGUACACAGCAAAUAAUUCCAACCCAGCCUGCUGUACAGAUGCAGAAAUUGAUGGAAACAGAAAUGCAAGCGCUUGCACUACAAAACUUGAUGAAUAAUCAAAUAAAUUCACCUAAUGUAAUUAAUGUAAUAACUCCCGCUAAUGACACCUCUACCAUAAUCAAUUGUCAACAAAUUCUUCGCGACGUGAAUAAUAGCAAUACAUUUUUUUUACCGAUGUUGAAUAGUCGAAAUAAUGGCAAUCAGAUAAACCUUUCAACGACGUCAUCACGAACCACUUCCCAAUCCGCACCUCCGAGAACUUAUACACCGCGAUCACCAGGUCCUUAUAGGCCGCGAUCGCAAUUAUCUUAUCCAUCCAUAAGACCUGUUGAUCCACAAAAUACACAAGGUAUACAAAUGCCAGUCCAACAUAAUAAUGGCACAACGCCGAUGACGGAUAACUUAAAUUCAAUUCAUCGAGGCUAA